GUAUACGCCUAUAUCGACGAUAUCAUUAUCGCUAGUAAGAAUAUAGAGGAGUACCUCAAGUACGUUGAAACGGUUCUCGAUAUCCUCGACAAGGUAUAUAUUUAUAUUUUAGUAGAAAAAUCCUUUGUAGCCUACCCGUCAGUGAGACUGCUUAGCUAUAUAGUCAAUGGCGAAGGAGUGGCUAAGACGAACGAUAGGAUCGCUAUAUUUAAGAAACUUAAGUUCCUUAAUACCCUUGAGACCUUAGAACAGUACCUUAGUAUAGCCGGAUAG